GUAGAUCAACAACCUGGAGCUCAACCCGUCCUUCAGGGUUCAGUUCCAGGCUCAUGGUUCAUCUCCAACUUUAUCUUUCCAGUAGUAUUGUAAUUAGCUGAUUUUCAGACAAAAUGGCCUCCAGGAAUCUUGCAGUUCUCGCCAGACAGUUUUCUACCUCCAGCCCAAAUGCUGUGCUGGUGCGUACCCCUGUAGCUGUACACGGUAUUGAUGGUAGAUACGCCUCUGCUCUAUACUCUGCUGCUUCUAAGCAGAAGUCCCUGGAGGCAGUAGAGAAGGAUCUCGUCAACUUCGCCGCAACCUUGAAGACCGACCCUAGGCUAGCAGACUUCCUCAAGGAUCCUUCCAUUAAGAAAUCCUUGAAGCUGGAUGGUUUGGCAGGAGUAGCAGACAAGAUGAAGUUGAACCCUCUCAGCAAGAACCUUCUUCUCUCAAUGGCUGAGAAUAACAGGUUCACCUUCAUCCCUGCAGUAACCAGUCUUUUCUCAACCAUCAUGUCCGCACACAGGGGUGAGGUUGUCUGCACCGUGACUACCGCCAAGGCCCUGGAUGCUGCUAUGCAGAAGGAGGUCGAGGGAGCCAUGGCUGGAUUCCUCAAGAAGGGAGAGAAGGCACACAUCACCUACAAGGUUGAUGCUUCCAUCAUCGGUGGAAUGGUUGUCUCUAUCGCUGACAAGUUCUGCGACAUGAGCAUGGCCACCAAGCUAAACAAGUACUCAGACCUGCUGAAGGCUGCCGCUUAAACCUGAUCUUUUAUCAGAAUCAGUUAGUAAAAGUUUAUCAGCCGAAUCAGCUGAACUAAAGCACACAGCAUCAGCUCAUCUUUUAGUUGGUUUAGCUGAUAAAUCAACGAGUAGUGGGGGUUAAACAUUUAAUCUUGCAAAAUCUGAUUUUAAGUUGGAAUCUGUUUGAUUGUAAAACUGGUUUUUCUGCGAUAUUCUUGUUUAAAUAUUUGGUCUCCGUUUACGAAUAGUUUAUUAUAUAUAAAUUACUUCCAGA